AUGCCCGAGUAUCCUCUAUGUCUUUUUAGUCCAUCCAUCUCAGAAAUACAGCAAGUGAAACGUGACGAAAUCGAACGUCGAAAAAGGUUAAGAAUUCUGCAGGUCCGAAUGCAAGCCAAAAGAAAUGCUACCAAAGUUAGAAUGUUAUACAAUGCUAAGAAACAGCAGUUAUCAGAUGUUGUUGCAAGAGAUCUCCAAAUUAAGCAUGUAAGAGAAGAUAUGAAACUUCUAGAAGCAAAGAAGGAUGAAUACUGUAAUGUUAUGAAUCAGUACGGAAUUGGCCAUAGAUCUGCGGAAAAUUGGAAUGAUCCUACCUUAGAAACCUAUUGGAAUCUGUCCGUAGCCCAGAGACGAGCUAAAGAUCGAUUUAAUAUAGCUGUGGACAAACUGCAUAAAGAAAAGCUAACUCAAAACCUUGCACAACAUGAAACGCAGGAAAGGAUUAAAGAAGUUAGAAAUACUGAGAAAAAACGAGCUGCUUUAAUUGCUUCUCUACCACCACCUAAGGGUAUUCUAUCUGAAGAAAUUCUAAAACCUUCCUUCGCUUGUGAACCCUUGGUUCUUGUGUAUGACAUUGAAGCUAGAAACACAAUACAUACACAGAAUGUGGAAUCCAAAGUAGUUAUUAAAAACAACAAAGUUGACGAAGAAAAAGAUAUUGGAUCUCAAAGUGCUGCGAUUUCAGCGUGCAAAGAAGAACAACGUAUACAAGCAGUUGAGCGUGAAAAUGCCAUUCAUGCCCGUGAAGAUCUUAUCAAAGCUGAUAUGCGUGGACGUCAAGCAAUGAGAAAAGAGCGUGUCCGUCAAUAUUAUCAAGCUUUACUGAAUCGUCUGGAUGAAGUCAAGCGUAAUGAGGCUUCACUUCGUAGAAGUCAAUUAUAUUCCGAAACCGUUAAAAGCUCUCAUGUUCCUGGUGGUGGUCCAUUUAAUGAUGCUGUUGUAAAUCGUCGGAUGGAAAAAGUCUUUGAGGCUGAAUUACUCUAUCAGUUGUCAAAUUUAAAUCGUGAAGAAUACAUCGAUGUUAUUGAAGAAAAUACUUUGGAAAACGAUAAUAAUAAUAAUAAUAAUAAUAAUAAUAAUAACGAUAUUAAUGGAUAUAACGAAGUGUUGGAUAUGGAAUGUAAACAAAAAGCUUAUCCGUAA